AUGCGCCUCCCACGCCCCGCGUCCUUCGUUUGCCGCGCCUGCGCCCGCAACCUGCGCGCUCCGACUAGACCCAAUGCUCAGCUUCUUCGCUCCUUUCUAGACACCAGAAAUUACGCCACGACUCGCAAUGGCCGGCCUUUCCGCCUCGCCGUUAUCGGCUCCGGGCCUGCAGGCUUCUACUCGGCCUACCGGCUGAUGUCCAAGGUGCAGGAUGCGGUCGUUGAUAUGUACGAGCAUCAGCCUGUCCCCUAUGGUCUGGUCCGCUUUGGUGUCGCUCCAGACCAUCCGGAGGUCAAGAACUGCCAGGACAAGUUCGAGGAAGUAGCUGCCUCGCCGCGCUUCAACUUCAUCGGAAACGUUGGUGUCGGCCGCGACCUGCCGCUUUCUCAUUUGACUUCCCAUUACGAUGCCAUCCUCUUCUCGUACGGCGCCUCGAAGGACAAGGAGCUGGGAAUCCCAGGCGAAAACCUGGAGGGCGUAUACUCCGCCCGCGCAUUUGUAGGCUGGUAUAAUGGGUUGCCGGAAUAUGCAAACCUAAAUCCGCUGCUGGAGACGGCCAGGGAGGCUGUCGUCAUUGGUCAAGGAAACGUUGCUCUCGAUGUCGCCCGUAUAUUGCUCAGUAAUGUGGACGAAUUGCGGAAGACGGACAUCGCGGAGCACGCAUUGGAGAAGCUUUCUCGCAACAAGGUAGACUCCGUGCGGAUCGUCGGCCGCAGAGGACCCAUGCAGGCCGCCUUCACUAUCAAAGAAGUCCGGGAGCUCUUCAACCUCCCCAACGUUUUCUUCAAGCCCAUUCCCUCCUCCCUGUUCCCGGCUCCAGACUACAAGCUCAACCGGCAGAUGAAGCGUCUCUCCAAGAUCCUCCAAGAAGGCUCCCCCAACGGCGGUCCUCCCGCCGACCUCCCCAGCGGCAGCAAGCAAUGGUCGCUCGACUUCCUCCUCUCGCCCUCUUCCUUCAACGCCGGCACCGCCUCCGCCUCCGCCGCCGGCGCCACCCGCAUCGCCAGCGCCACCUUCCAGCACACGUCCUUCGUUGCCGACUGCGAUCCCUUCGACCGCGCUGCCCGGGUCGAGUCCGCCGCUCCCGACCAAUCGACCACUUUCCCGGCCGACAUCGCCUUCCGCUCCGUCGGCUACAAGUCCGAGCCGCUGCCCGGUUUCGACGACGUCGGCAUCCCCUUCGACUCCCGCCGUGGCAUCAUCCCGAACGACAUGCUCGGCCGCGUCACCGCCGUCGGCCAUGUCCCCGGCAUGUACGUCGCCGGCUGGGUCAAGCGCGGCCCGACGGGCGUCAUCGCGAGCACCAUGGAGGACGCGUUCACCACGGCCGACUCGAUCGUCGAGGAUUUGGAGCGUGGGGCCAAGUUCUUAGAGGGCGAUGGCCAGGGGUGGGAGGCGCUGAGGAAGGAGGCGAUCGAUGCUGGGGCCAGGCCGGUGAGUUGGGAAGAAUGGAAGAAGAUUGAUGACGUAGAAAGGGAGAAGGGGAGAGAGGCCGGGAGGGAGAGGGUGAAGUUUGUGAGGAGGGAGGAUAUGCUUAAGGUGCUAGAUGGGUAG